AUGAAUACCUUAGUAAUAAGUGGUCUUUUAGAACUGAUAACAAAUCUUAACAGCAAACGAGAAGCAACGCAGACAAGAGGAACAGAGACAGAAUUUACAGAAACCAUCAAAGAGGUCGUCUACGAAAUCACAGACUUCCUGGACAAUCCAAAAUCCAACUGCAGAAAGCUCGUGGAUGUAGGAGGGUUCCUCGACUGUCGGGGAUGUUCUGCAACGUGUGAUAAAAACAACAGAGAAAACGAGAGCUGCAACAGAUGCACCGAAGACGGGAACAAAGCCUUGUGCCUCGAUUCUGAAGUGGCGCCCAAUCCGCGCAAGUGCAUCGUCUUAUCUUUUGGCAUUGGGAACGAUUUCUCUUUUGAUGACCAGAUGAUGUCAAAAUUAAUGUCUACAAAAUCUGGAGUUUACAAAUGUGCUGCUUUUCCCCACAGAUUCGGAUGCCAAGUAUAUUCCUUCGACUUCAGCAUGACGAAUUGGACCCAUAGGUCUUACGGCCCUAACCGACAUUUCUUGAGUCUGGGUCUUUCCCAUUCUAACAUCAAAGGCAUCAACUUCACAUACGAACACGAGGGAGAAAAUCGUGCAAUUUCGACGUCCAUGCUUACUCUUAACUCAAUUCUUGAUGUCCUUGAUAUUCGUGACCGAGAAAUCAGUUAUCUCAAGAUGGACAUCGAAAAUGCAGAAUGGAAGGUCUUACAACAAGUUCUCAAGACUUCGCCUUCUGUGCUGGACCGUGUUCUCCAGUUGUCUCUGGAAGUUCACUUAGAGGAUCUUUUGAAACUCGAAAGAGAACCGGAGGAUACCAUGCCAAAAAUUCAAAGGAUUAGACAUGUUCUCAAGGGACUUCAGGUUAGAUAUGCAUUUUGCUUAGUUUUAUUUUAAUAUAAGUAAUUUGUACACCUCACCUUGUGAGCUAUGUAUUUUGCAGUUUUAGUAGUGCCGCUGACCAAAAAUGUCUUGUAUAAAUUCACACUUCACUGCCUGUGAAUCAAAACAUCUUGAAGGUGCCCCUAUUUUCCUCAUAUCACUUCGAGUACAUUGCUGUUUUUGAAGUCUCUGACAUCAGAAUGUUCGACUUUUAUCAACUGUAUUUAUCUUUCUUACAACAGACCACAGGUUUCGAAUUGUCCCAGAGUCGGAAGAACCUCAAGACAGACAUCAAUAUCACUAUUGGAGAGCGAACAUUUCCUCUGUACAGAGAAGUUCUAUUUCUAAGAAGCAAGGAGACAGUAAAGGAAAAUUUUUUACAUACACGAUAAUAUCCAAAGUCAGAGACUUUCUUGCACAUGACAGUCCAAGUGGAGUUGUAAAAGAAUGUUCACAUCCAGUUCCUAUAA